GGGGGACGGAGUCUUGCUCUGUCGCCCAGGCUGGAGUGCAGUGGCACGAUCUCGGUUCACUACAAGCUCCGCCUCCCGGGUUCACGCCAUUCUCCUGCCUCAGGCUCCCGAGUAGCUGGGACUACAGGCGCCCGCCAUCACGCCCGGCUAAUUUUUUGUGUUUUUAGUAGAGACGGGGUUUCACCGUGUUAGCCAGGAUGGUCUCGACCUCCUAACCUCGUGAUCCGCCCGUGUCGGCCUCCCAAAGUGCUGGGAUUACAGGCGUGAGCCACCGCGCCCGGCCCAUUUCUUUCCUUUCGUUGAGACAGGGUCUCGCUAUGUCUACCAGGUCGGAGUGCAGGGGCGCGAUCAUAGCUCAGUGCAGCCUCAACCUACCGGGCUCAAGCGAUCUUCCCACCUACCAAGUAGCUGGAACUACAGGCUCCUGUAACCAGACCCAGCUAAUUUUUAAAUUUUUUGUAAAGACGGGGCCUUGCUAUGUUGCCCAGGCUGGUCUCGAACUCCUGGACUCAAGCGAUCUUCCUGCCUCAGCCUCCCAAAGUGCUAGGAUUAUAGGCGUGAGCCGCCGCGCCCCGCCAGGUGUUUUCAGUUCUAUGCACUCCAUUCCCUGGGCUCUUGACGAAUGUGCGGGAGCUGAAUAUUCGUUAUCUGGACUCCGGCGGGAAGGCGUGGGCUCAUCAGCUUCGGGCUUGCGCGCUGCUCUUGGAGACGGCGUCUGCUUCGCCCCGCCCCUCAUAGUCUGCAGUUCCGGCUCUACAGAUUCGCUGCUCACGUUUCUUUUUUCCGUGGCCCUUCUUGCCCUUUGUUUCUCUCUUCAUGUCACCCGCGGGACAACUCUACCUGCAAGUCGCUGAAAUCGAUUUUCUGCUUCUUAUAGUAAGCGGCGGGCUCGCCAGCCUCGAGCGAAAGUGUGACUGCGAACGGGCAGGCGCGCGCCGGGCUCGGCGGAGGCGCGCUUGGGCUCCCGGCGGCGACGGCUACGACCACUAGGAGAGCGGACGGAGGCGGCGCCUGAAGCGGCGGCGGAGCCCAUGCCCCGGGACGGCGGGCGGGCCCGGAGAGACAAAUCCGGGGCCCGGGGCAUGUCCCCGGGGCCCCCGUGAGGAGGCGGCGGCGGCUAUGGAGAUUCCGCCGCAGGAGGCGCCGCCCGUGCCGGGCGCGGACGGCGACAUUGAAGAGGCCCCCGCUGAGGCCGGGUCUCCCAGCCCCGCGUCGCCCCCAGCCGAUGGGCGCCUCAAGGCUGCAGCCAAGCGCGUCACAUUCCCGUCCGACGAGGAUAUCGUGUCUGGAGCAGUGGAGCCCAAAGACCCCUGGAGACAUGCCCAGAAUGUGACCGUGGACGAGGUCAUCGGUGCCUACAAGCAGGCCUGCCAGAAGCUGAACUGCAGGCAGAUCCCCAAGCUCCUCAGGCAGCUGCAGGAAUUCACAGACCUCGGGCACCGCCUCGACUGUCUGGACCUGAAAGGUGAGAAGCUUGACUACAAGACCUGCGAGGCCCUGGAAGAGGUCUUCAAGAGGCUGCAGUUCAAGGUCGUGGACCUGGAGCAGACGAACCUGGAUGAAGAUGGUGCCUCAGCCCUCUUCGACAUGAUCGAGUACUACGAGUCAGCCACCCACCUCAACAUCUCCUUCAACAAGCACAUCGGCACCCGGGGCUGGCAGGCGGCCGCCCACAUGAUGCGCAAGACGAGCUGCCUGCAGUACCUGGAUGCCCGCAACACACCCCUGCUGGACCACUCGGCGCCCUUCGUGGCCCGUGCCCUGCGCAUCCGCAGCAGCCUGGCAGUGCUGCACCUGGAGAACGCCAGCCUAUCGGGGCGGCCCCUCAUGCUGCUCGCCACAGCCCUGAAGAUGAACAUGAACCUGCGGGAGCUGUACCUGGCGGACAACAAGCUCAACGGCCUGCAGGACUCAGCCCAGCUGGGUAACCUGCUGAAGUUCAACUGCUCCCUGCAGAUCCUGGACCUCCGGAACAACCACGUGCUGGACUCGGGUCUGGCCUACAUCUGCGAGGGCCUCAAGGAGCAGAGGAAGGGGCUGGUGACCCUGGUGCUGUGGAACAACCAGCUCACGCACACAGGCAUGGCCUUCCUGGGCAUGACACUGCCGCACACUCAGAGCCUGGAGACGCUGAACCUGGGCCACAACCCCAUCGGGAACGAGGGUGUGCGGCACCUCAAGAACGGGCUCAUCAGCAACCGCAGCGUGCUGCGCCUCGGGCUGGCCUCCACCAAGCUCACGUGCGAGGGCGCGGUGGCGGUGGCGGAGUUCAUCGCUGAGAGCCCCCGCCUCCUGAGACUGGACCUUCGGGAGAACGAGAUCAAGACAGGCGGGCUCAUGGCACUGUCGUUGGCCCUCAAGGUGAACCACUCACUGCUGCGCCUGGACCUCGACCGUGAGCCCAAGAAGGAGGCGGUGAAGAGCUUCAUCGAGACGCAGAAGGCGCUGCUGGCCGAGAUCCAGAACGGCUGCAAGCGCAACUUGGUGCUGGCGCGGGAGAGGGAGGAAAAGGAGCAGCCGCCGCAGCUGUCGGCCUCCAUGCCUGAGACCACCGCCACCGAGCCCCAGCCCGACGACGAGCCCGCUGCUGGGGUGCAGAACGGGGCCCCCAGCCCCGCACCCAGCCCGGACUCAGACUCAGACUUGGACUCGGAUGGGGAGGAUGAGGAGGAAGAGGAAGGGGAGAGGGACGAGACCCCCUGUCCUGCCCUGGUGUCCCCCACGGACUCCCUGGACCCUGGGGACAGGAGUCCCCCAGGCAGCCCCUCCACACCCACUGAGCAGCGGAUUUCCGUGUCCAGCCCGGGCCGGGGCCACAAGGUGUUUGUGGUGACCCGGGUGGAGAGCCCACCCGAGAGGGCAGAGCCCCCUGCAUCACCCACCCCUCCCUCUCCCCCACCCCCUCCCUCCCCACCCGCCUCACCUUCCCUACCACCAGCUGGGGCCAUUGACACCCAGGACACAGGGUCCUCUGAGCCUCAGCCACCACCGGAGCCGCCUCAGUCAGGGCCACCACUACCCAACGGCCUGAAGCCCGAGUUCGCCCUGGCACUGCCCCCUGAGCCGCCCCCGGGGCCUGAGGUCAAGGGGGGCAGCUGCGGCCUGGAGCACGGUGAGAGGGGCCCUAGGGCAGGUGAUGAGGGGCCCUGGGUGCUGUAUGUGACCCCAGGCAAGCCCCUGUCUGUUGUGGGCCUCAGUUUUCCCCUCUUUAAAAUGGUUCUCGCAGGGGCCAGCAAAGUGGGGCUUAGUUCUCAUCUCCACCCUGCUUCCCUUGGGUCCUGGGAGCUCUUCCUGGGGUGGGGCAUGUAAGGUGUGCUGCCUUGAGCCUGACCAUCUCAGCGGUCUCUGGGCACUCUGCAGGCCCUGAGGGUCUGGCUGGGGCCGGGCUGGGGACAGGUUGUAUUUGCCCCACCCGCCUGAUGGGGGUGCUGGCCCGUCCUCCCACACAGAACUGAGCUGCUCCAAGAACGAGAAGGAGCUCGAGGAGCUGCUUCUGGAAGCCAGUCAGGAAUCCGGGCAGGAGACACUGUGACACUUUAGGUGAGGCCAGGCCCGGGGCCCACGGCACUCGGGAGGAGCUGAGAGAGCCCCUGGCUCUGACAGUCUCUCCCCCAAUCUCUCCUCCCCAAGUUCCCUUUUUCCGGUCGGUCUGCGAUGAGCUGAGGCCAGAGCCAUGAGAAUCUGCUCACCUUACCCCCAGCCUUCCUGAGGCCCAGGAUGCCAGGGGUGGGGGCCAUUCUGGGGCCCCCCUCCCCCCACAGCAACACUACAAGGGGUGCAGGAGCUACAGGGAGUGGCCCUCCCCGCGUGACUCAAGCACUUCUAUUUAUGAGCCCACCACCGGAAGACUCUGGGGGUGAAUGGGAGGAGGGGGAGCAGGAGGAGGAGGAGGUCGUCUCCCAAGGACAUCAGGCGCCUGUUCUGGAGGGGCCAGGCUUGCCCUGUGGAGGGCAGGCGUCCUGGGUGGUGGUGGGAUGGUCCCCUGUGGCCCUGGGCACAGGGCCAGGCAGGCAGCCUGGUGCCGGAGGGGCUGUGCGUGCUGGUGGUGGUUGAGAUGCGCAGAACAGCCCCAGACAGUGCAGGCCGGGCAGGGUGGGGGGAUGGGAGCAGAGGAUCAGAGCUUUCUUUUUCUCAAGUGCAAUAAAUCUAUCAGGGAGCUGGGGCGGGAGCAGCCGGCACUCCGGGACCCUGCUGUCCAGGCCACUGGAGGCUGCGCCCUGAGAGGCACUACAACCCUUUGGGGGCGGGUGGCACGGGUGUGGGUGAGGGUGGGCAGAGGGCUGGGGCUACUCCUGACGGUGCAACUCUGUUCACACCUUUUCUAAUAAACUGGGGCUGGGUUCACUUUG